UAUAUAAGCUGUGUUGUCAGAGCAGCACAUCUGGCUGAAGAACAGCCUGUGGACCUGGUGACAGAACACGGUUCACCUGCAGCCAGCAGUGUACACCUGGCCACAGAGUGUGGUUCACCUGCAACCAGCAGUGUGCAACCAGCAUUGUGGGUCUGGUGACAGACUAUGGUUUACCUGUAGUCAUAUGGGAACUUUGGUCAAGGCUCGUUGGCUCCAGAGGUAAACUUAUGAUUAAUCCAGGUUUAUGAUGGAAGUGACAAAAGAGACAUUAACAGAAGCAGAUGGUCACUAAUGGGGAUCUGAUUUGACAUAGUUUCUUAUCUGAAGAAAACCAAAUACAAUAAAUAUUUUUUUAAAAUACAAUUUUAAGGCAACAAUAUAAGAAAACCCUUAAUACCAAAAUUGGAAUCUUCAGAUUUAAAGCAUCCUGUGAAUUCUAGUAAAAGGGUGGAGCAAAGAAGUUCAUUCUGGUGAAAAACACUAGGAAUAAAGCACGUGUGGGAGCCAGUGUUGUGGUGCUGUUGGUUAUCCUUGCCACACAUGCUGUCUGUGUCUCACACUGGAGUGUCCAUUCAAGUGCUGGCUGUUAGAACAGCUUCUAAUCCAGCUUCCUGUUAAUGCACCUGGGAAGGCAGCACACCAUGCCCAAGUGCUUGGGCCCCUGCUACCCAAAUGGGAAUCCAGGAUGAAUCUUCUGGCCUCAGCCUGGCCCAGACCUGCUGGUUGUGGCCAUUUAGAGAGUGAACAAGUAGAGGGAAAAUCAAUCUCUCUCCCUCUCUUCUCUCUCUCUCUCUGUGUCUCUGUCUCUGUCUCUCUCUGUCUCCCUAUCCCUCUUUCUCUCUCAUUGCCUUUCAAAUAAAAACAAACAAGCAAAUAAAUAGAUAGAAAAACAACAGCAUCAACAACAAAACACUUCCAAGGACAUAAAACCAAAACAUCAUAUUCUGGAGUUUGUGAAUUCUCUGCAAUGACACUUACUUCUAAAAAGCACUCUGGCACCUCACAGUUUUAUUUCCAUCAAAAACUUUAAAUAAAAAAAAAUCUAUGAAAUAAGUAUGAGAUUAAAAAUUAGCAGGAUUAAGUUUCAGAUGAUUAUGACUUCAUGUUCAGAAAACCAGAAUUAAUAUUGGAACAGUCAAUUAAUACAGCAAUUAGCAAAAAGUAACAUAUUGAGACAGUGAGGCGAUUUAAUAAUUAGCUAAAAGUAACAUAUUGAGACUGUGAGGUAAUUCAAUAAUUAGCUGUCAGAAUAGCUACAAUGAUAAAGCAAUGGGAUCCAAUAUGUAUUUAGGCAAUUAAUAUUUACAGACACAAUGGAAUAAAACACCCAAGGCAAGUUACCAAAUUCUCAGUUGAAGCUCUUGGAAAAUGAGCUGGGAAGAAGUAUAAGAUAGUAGUACUAUGACAAAAACUGACAAAUUUAAAUACUUCCCGGAAAGUGGCAAAAGAAUGUAUGGAGGCUUGAACAACAAAUAGGAAACCACCUCUUGUUUUGUACAUUGUUUUGUGCAUAGCAUGUAGAGGGAGAGAAAAUCCUUUCUUAGAAAGACCCCAAACCAGAGGCUAUUAAUAGACCUGUAUUGAAUAAAGCCUCAUGGACAACAUAUCAUUACAAAGAAGGAGAGGAAAAGCAAAACCCAUGUUCAUGUUUUUGAUGUCUAAGAUGCAUGAGUCACAGACCUUCAACUCCUUGUGUACAUUUUAGACAGAGAAUGAGAAAGCCCAUGAAGAUUUCUCAUGUAAGUGUUGAGACAAAUUGCUCAACACUUUGUAAUGUGUCCUCAGCCUGACGGUUAAAUGCCUAUGCAUCUGUGAACACCGUCACCUUCCUCCUGUGUUCAUGUAGCAGAGUGAGGGGCACAGGCAGAUGCUGGACUGAGCCCACAGUUCCGCAGAUAGUUGAGGCCAUGCCAGAAUCCAUUCCUUUCUAGAAGCAAUGUGAGAGUUAAUUUGGCUGUGCUCCCAGGGCACUUGGGAGUCGCUUUAAAACACAGGAGGAGCAUCAGGCGGCCUCCAUCUGGGUUACCAGGGUGUGCACGUCUGCCAGCAUCCCGGGAGGGUCACUCUGGCCAUGCCCUGACACCCUGGGCACAUGAAGUCAGAGGCUCUCUCCUGUGCUAUUUCCUUGUCUGCGUUGUGUUCACGGGGCUGCCUGGAAGCCGGCAGAGGCACCAGGAGAGUGAACAGUGAUGGCUGUGGUCAUCUCCUAGCUGCCUGCAUGAAUGUAGGGAGAGGCCCCACCCAGCCACCUCGCCAAGCCAAAGGACGUGGACAUGUUACACCCCAGAGGGUACAGCAGUGUGGGUGAGACAGGGGAUAGAGGGAGAAAAGGAGAGAGAAGAGAGGGAGAUCUUUCAGCUACUAGUUCAUUCUCCAAAUAGGGGCAGCAGGCAGGACUGGGCUAUGCUGAAGCCACGACCAGGAUCUCCCAUCUACAAAACCUUCCUGGGGCAGGACUGGGUUGUUGGAGGCCCUGACAGGGAGAAGACACAGUGGCACCCAGGGCUGUGGAGCGAAGCCACGUGUGCUCCCAUCCCCCCCUGCCAGGGGUGAUGUGGGACUCAUCACCCAAGUUCCCCGCUGCUCCCAUCUUCUGUCUGAUGGCAGGUAGGGGUUGCUUUAGCCUUGAUGUCAUUUACAGUGAUUGACAUCUGAGGACAUCUCAGAGUGGGGCUGGGGAGGCUGGUGUCUUGGAUUUACUGUCCCAGUGGUGUGUGUCUUGUGCUGUGGCUCAUUCCGGCUUGAACCAAGGUGCCAGCGGCUCACUUCCUUCAGUCUUUUACCCUGAAGAAAGUGAAAGAGCCACCCAUGGUUCUGGAAGGGUCCAAGAGAUCCCUGAGAACUCCCUGGUGCACCCUCCUUGCCUGGCCUGGGGAUCUGACCUUGAAUUACCCAGAACAGAAGAGCUGAGAAGCUCACAAAGAAAUGUCCUGUGAGCCCAGAGAUCUUGUCAGAGGCCACCACCAUCCAGUGAGCUCUGACUUUGUUCCUGUUGGGAUUUGCUGUAACUGGUUUAUCUGAAUGAAUGGAAUGGAAAGGCACACGCUUGGUUCAAGCUAGUGAAGAAUUUGCUGUGGUCAGAAUCUUCCCGGAGGAGGGGGAGAGGAAUCAGCCUUGAGUCCAGGCAGGUGCUCAAGCUUCAGCCCAUGUCACACCCAGCUGCAGCGUGGUUCUGCACAGCUUGGGGCACCCCUCUCCCCCCACCUGCUGGGUGCUCCCACAGCAGGGGCUGCGUCUCCAACCCCUUGCCAGCUCAGUCUUCAUGCUGUGCUGCUGACCCAGGGCCACGCUUGGGAGACCACUGAGCAUAGGUCUUUCUAUGAGCAAGAACAGUCUGCAUCAUUGAAAAAUGCCUACAACUUCCAGAAGUUUGAAAGAAUUCCGAGGCAGUACUAGAGACAUGGUUUUGUCCAUUGCUGAGAUCUGCCUGCUGUAAAGUCCUUCACAGCUUUUCUUGACUCGGGCUAAGAAGACAGGAGGCAUGGAGGAAGCUGUUAUUUGGGAAAGGUGGAGUAAACUCAGAUGACCUAUCCAGGGACACAGAACUAGGAAAUGCUUGUUUAAAAAUUGGUUUAGGGCUGAUAAUUCCAGAGCCCAAGGCUUCUCUCCUCUACAUUUCCACUCAAAGUCUGAAGUCCCGUGGGAUUCAGAUCUGGAGAACCUUAACCUUGGCGGUGCCACGGGGGUGUGGUUUGGGCCACACUGCUGCCCUAGCAGUGACAGGUGCAGUGUGGGUGCUGGGAUGAGAGGACCUCACGGGAGGCAUCCCAGUGUUGGGCUUGGUGACCUCACACUUUCUGCCAGAAGCACCUGGGAGUGGGAGAGGGGCAGUUAACAGCAAAGGCAGGGGAGCCGUGGGCAGUCUCAGGCUGCCACUUUGCUUUUCGAGACAUUGGCUAAAGGCCAGAGCGAUGGCCAACCUCACCUCUGGCAGCUCCUUCCUCCUGCUGGGCUUUCCCAGGGCCCAGGAGCUCUGGCUUCUCCAGGCUGUGCUCUUUCUGGUGCUUUACCUGGCAGCUCUCCUCGGGAACCUUCUCAUCCUCACCCUUGCCACUGUGGACUGCCGGCUGCACACCCCCAUGUACUUCUUCCUGAGGAACCUGUCCCUCCUGGACAUGUGCCUCAUCUCCGCCACGGUUCCCAAGUCUGUCGCAAACUCUCUGACGAGACAAAACACCAUCUCCUUCCUCGGUUGCGUGGCACAGGUAUUCCUCUUCUUCCUCUCGGCCACGACAGAAGUGGCUCUGCUCACGGCCAUGUCCUACGACCGCUAUGUUGCCAUCUGCCACCCACUCAGGUAUGAGAUCAUCGUGAGCCAGGGAGCCUGCGUGCAGAUGGCGUCCUCUUCCUGGGUCAGUGGGGCUCUCAAUGCAGUCCUGCACACGGCGGCCACGUUCUCUGUGCCCAUGUGUGGGCCCCUCCACGUCCACCAGUUCUUCUGUGACGUCCCACAGCUGCUGUCCCUGGCCUGUUCCCGCAACGUGGGGGAAUUGGUGGUGAUAGGGCUCAGCCUAGCACUGGACUCUGUGUGCUUUGUGUUGAUUGACGCUUCCUACAUCCACAUCUUCUCUGCAGUCCUGAAGAUGCCCUCCCGGAAGGGCAGAGCCAAAGCUUUCUCCACGUGCCUGCCUCACCUUGCAGUUGUGACUCUCUUCCUCUCUUCUGGCUUUUUUGCCUAUUUACGCCCUCUGCCCUCGAAUCCCUCACUCUGGGAUUUGCUGGUUUCUGUGUUCUACACGGUGGUGCCACCCACCGUGAAUCCCCUCAUCUACAGUCUGAGAAAUAAGGACAUGAAGGAGGCAUUGAGAAAACUGCUCAGGGGUAGAUUCCGCCCUUCAGGUUAGAAGAGUGAGACUCACGCACCCCCUGGUCACCUCAUUCACUACGUUAUUAUCUGAAUAAUCUGGUUAUAUAGCGUGAGCACGAUAUUGUGUAUUUAAAGUAAGAAUUAUUGUAUGAAAAGGCCACUUGUACUCAUGCACAUUCUACUUUGGAAGGCUCCUCAUGGCCAGGGAAAGAGGGUGGCCCUCCACUGGUGAUGGAGCAGUCGACGUGGACCUUCCAUCUGUCAUCCUUCGUGUGUGACAAGUGAUGUAUGAACAGGAACCGGGACAUCAGAAGCACACUUGGGGCCUCCCAGGUGAAGCGAACGCAGGGCCAUUCUUAGCAGUAUCCGCAAAGACACGUGGGAUGAUUUGCAUGACCUACUCUGAGGUGAAAGGGAAUGGAGGUGAUGGUUGUAUAGCCUGAGGUUGUGCUUAACGCCACUGAGUCAGGGAAGUGAAAAUGCUUGCUUUUGUGUUAUGUGACUCAGCAUUGCCACCAGCUUAAAAACAAAACAGAAGAGUCUAUUGUCCAUCCAUCUUUCUCUUUUGUUUCCCAAACUUACUGUAUGUGUUUUCUGAUGUGGCUGUGUUCUUGCAGUCUAGUGAGAAGACACAGACACAUCAAAACUCAACCUUAUGGAGGACAUGGAUGUCAGGGCACAGAGGUAAUUUGAUUUUCUGGAAAACGAAAGACCCUGGAAAAGGAGAAGACCAAAGCGAAAACAGAAGAGAGUGCAAAACCAAACCAAACCCAGCAAAGGGUCUGAGUUGGUAACUAAAGUGAAGUUGCUCUGGAAGCGCUGAAGUGUGCAGAGUGGAUGGUGGCAACUCCGGAUGGAAACAGACUUCAGACACGCAUAGAGAGGGAGAGAGUUGGAGGUUGGGUAGAAGGAGGGAGAGAGGGAGUCUGAUCACUUGUUGCUUUGUAGAUGAAGUUGCUAUAGGCGCUUCUUUGUCACAUAUCUAAGUCCUAAAUAUGUUCAGAGAGACAAAAACAGCAGCCACGAAAAUUGAGUUUAUAACCAAUAAGAGCUCCAGGUACUCAUAACUUCUGGAUGCACAGCCCACUGUGGCCCAGGGCUAUUUUACCAGUCCUGAGCUUAGUGUGUCUGUUGUUUGCCUGAGAUUAUCCCAGACUGUCAGUUUCUCUUGACAGGCUGAGACAUUUCUUAGUACCAUUGGCCUGAUCAAUGUAAAACUUACUUCAGUUGUAAUUUGACAUUUAUUUAUCCAAGUCUUUCACGCAUGUCUCUUUAUGAGCAAACUGUGUCACUCUCCACACUUAAAUCUCUAAUGUCGAGCUGAGCAUACAAAUGACUGGGUAUUUUCAGCAAAUAUUUAUUGAACAUAUGGGUUACUGGACAAUACCCACAUCUUUUCUUAUAGCACCAGAAGUUUGCUUUUACCCUUACCUUAGAACUUGUUGAUCUCUUGUUUGAACUAUGCAUGUUGGGUAUAUUCGUAACGUCUAGAGAUUGUUUAAUGUAUUUGUCAGUGUGAGAGAUUCUAAACAUCUGGUAGAAAAAUAUCAUUAAAAUUGAUUCAAAAUGGAUUUAUGAACAAAUUCAAUUUUCAAUGCCCUUGAACCUAGGAUUGUUUCUGUUUGUAAUGAGUUGCCUUGCAAUUCAUUCCAACAGUAAUGGAUUAGUUUUGCAUUUAAAAAUGCUAU